AUGGACGUGCUCUUGACAGUUUGUUUAGUUUUGCUUUUUACGUGUCCCAGUUUGGCACAGGUAGACCAACGUUAUGACGAAGGUUUUAAUAGUUAUACCAAAAAUUUAGUUAAUUAUAGUUUAAAUAGAAACCAAAGUAUUAGAUCAAUUGCUGAGGCCGGUAGAAAAAUUUUAGAAGAUACAUCUUUAGGUCGAACCUUCGGCCGUCCCUUCAAGAAGAUGAUCCAAGCGUUCAUACCAUUGGCGUUCCAGCUUGGCGCCGCGAGUACUUGGGCGGUGGUGGCGGCCAUAGUCGGCGUCAAGACUUUGGCGGUUACUUUGGUUAUAUUAAAGCUACUGUUGUUAGCUGGUGCUGCUAAGUUUGGGGCCCUAUUUGCAUCUAAAGGUCACUCUCACGAGCAUCAAACUUGGACUCCUCAGCAGAAAGAGAUUCAUCUUCAUAUACACAACGGUGGUGGUCACCAUGAGGACCACCACACGGAGGAACACAGCGUCCCAAUAACUUCAUGGGGUAGGGAAGAAGUACAAAACCCAUCGGAAUCAAAGCUGGUUAACGUAGUUCUGGACCCAUACGCAGCCGGCCCCCAAACUAUCAGCACUCCAUACGGACAUUACAUGAGAAUCAAACCCCCACAUCCUGUGACUCAA